GAAGAGGAUUGGGGGAGCUUGUUAAUCAACGUUUAUCUGAGCCACCUCGAAAAUAACUACGAAUCCAAUUUUUCCCUAUUCCCACAUCCUUUUCCGAAUACUACUUGUCUCAGCCUGCAUUUGUGAAUGCGAUUUUGAGCGCUCUUUCCCACUUAAUUCUGGUCGGCCGCAGUCAAGAUGUCCGGAGCUGGGAACCGGGAAGCCGUCUUCCCAACCCGACAAUCUUUGGGAUUGAUGAAGUCUAAGCUGAAGGGAGCUCAGACAGGCCAUGAUCUAUUGAAGAGAAAGAGUGAAGCGCUUACCAAACGUUUCAGAGAAAUAACUAGACGAAUUGACGAGGCGAAGCGCAAGAUGGGGAGGGUGAUGCAGAUUGCCGCAUUCUCUCUGGCGGAAGUGACCUACGCGGUCGGUGGAGACAUUGGCUACCAGGUGCAGGAAUCGGCGAAGUCGGCUCGGUUUAGGAUACGGACGAAGCAGGAGAACGUCUCUGGUGUCUUCCUACCCGCAUUUGAGAGCUUCACCACGGAGGGCAACAAUGACUUUGGGUUGACUGGUCUAGGGAAGGGUGGGCAGCAAGUGCAGAGGUGCCGGGAAACAUAUGCAAGAGCUGUGGAGACUCUAGUUGAGCUUGCGAGUCUGCAGACUGCUUUUGUUAUCUUGGAUGAGGUCAUUAAGGUCGUCAACAGGAGAGUGAACGCCAUCGAGCACGUUAUUAUACCACGCACAGAAAACACCAUCAAAUAUAUCAAUUCCGAACUCGACGAGUUGGACAGAGAAGAAUUCUUCCGAUUAAAGAAGGUCCAGAACAAGAAGCAGAGAGAUAAUGCUCAACAAGAUGCAGAGAUGUUGGCGAAGAGAGAAGCAGCAGCAGAGCAAGAGAAGCAAGAGAGUGAUAAGGAGAAUGCUGAGAGUACCCCCGAUAUAUUAGGUGAACAGGAGGAUGAGGAUGUCAUCUUCUGAUCUAUGGACAUGGGUUUUCUGCACUAUUCUGGCUUUGGAGGACUUGAAUUCUUUAGGUAUGUAGGAUUAGCGAGUAUAUAUAAGGUCCAGCAUCAAUUUUUCCUAUCCUACAAUACGGUAAAGGUAGCAACAAACGCCUUACUGUCUCUGGUACGUAACCUUCAUGAUC